CCAUUUACAGAAGUGGCUGUUACAACAACAACACAUUUAUUUGUUUUAGUUUUAUGCGCUUUGGCUGUAUUUAGCUAUCUGCUUCUUCUGACACGCCAAUUCAGCAAUUCAAUUUUCCAGCAGAGGCCAUUGUGAGAUUGUAGGCUGGGAGGAUGACCGCUCGAAUGUAUUGCUCGUUUGGUGCGGUUUUAUUGUGUCUGUUUGGAAACUUGAACAUAACAGAUGCUACUCUAGGUAUUGGCGGUCUGAGGCUGAAAGACUUGCUAUCCCAUCGAGGAUGUUCUUCUGAUAGACCCUGCUCUGGAAGACAAUACUGCUCUGAAAGACCUGGCUGCUCUCGAUUUCAAUGUGAUCCUGUUUCCAUGAAACCCGGUCAAUGUCCUGACCCAAAGAACAUUCCACUGUCUGCUAAAAACUGUGUCCAUGAUGGUCAGUGUCCUGCCACACAGAAGUGUUGCCCAACCACCAGUGGCCAUGGAUGCAGUGAACCAAGCCGACAGGGCCAGGGAAGCUGUCAGAACACGGGCCAGGGCGCCGGACAGGGCAAGGGAAGCGGCCAGGGCAGCGGACAGGGUGCCGGACAGGGCGCCGGUCAGGGAAGCGGACAGGGUGCCGGACAGGGCCAGGGAAGCGGACAGGGUGCAGGACAGGGUGCCGGCCAGGGAAGCGGACAGGGUGCCGGCCAGGGUGCCGGCCAGGGAAGCGGACAGGGCGCAGGACAGGGCCAGGGAACCGGACAGGGUGCUGGACAAGGCGCCGGACAGGGCCAGGGAAGCGGACAGGGCCAGGGAAGCGGACAGGGUGCAGGACAGGGCCAGGGAAGCGGACAGGGCCAGGGUGCAGGACAGGGUGCAGGACAGGGUGCAGGACAGGGCCAGGGAAGCGGACAGGGUGCAGGACAGGGCCAGGGAAGCGGACAGGGUGCUGGACAAGGCGCCGGACAGGGCCAGGGAAGCGGACAGGGCCAGGGUGCCGGCCAGGGAAGCGGACAGGGUGCAGGACAGGGCCAGGGAAGCGGACAGGGCGCCGGACAGGGCCAGGGAAGCGGACAGGGUGCUGGUCAGGGAAGCGGACAGGGUGCAGGACAGGGCCAGGGAAGCGGACAGGGUGCUGGACAAGGCGCCGGACAGGGCCAGGGAAGCGGACAGGGCCAGGGUGCCGGCCAGGGAAGCGGACAGGGCGCCGGACAGGGCCCAGGGAAGCGGACAGGGCGCCGGACAGGGCCA